GUCGCCGUGCGCUGUGCGGGUUCGAGUCCCGUCCCAGGAGAAAUUUUUCUCUUGGCUAUGGAUGUUGUGAUUGUCCGUAGGUGGUAGAUGGUCUCUGACUGUCGAACGCGGAGGUACCACCCGGCGGUUCUCGUAGGCGGAGCCAGAAUGUGUGCAUGUUGCAUGCACACGUGUUCCCUCGCCAGAAGUUCGUGUGGCGUCCCCAAUUUUCCCUGUUUCCCCCUAUAACACCACAGUACCCCAUGGGUG